CCAGAGUUAGGGUGGGGACCGUAUGAAGAAAGUCACCUUCCUCUGUCCUCCAGGACAGACUCAGAAGGAAAAGAGGAGCAGCCAUGGCCUCUUGGUGGCAACAGGGAAGAACGCUGCUCCUCCUGGCGCUCUUGGGGAUUUCGGCGGAAAGCAGCGUGUCAGGCCUCAAGGAAUGCCUGAUAGUGCAGUCCGCUCGGGGCAGCACCGUCUCCUGCCACGGUCCCACUGAGUUCCCGCGGCCCCUCCCGGCCGACACCGUCCAUCUGUCGGUGGAAUUCUCCAACCUGACACAGCUGCCCGCCACCGCCCUGCAAGGGUGUCCCCGCCUCCGGGAGCUGCACCUCUCCAGCAACCGCCUGCAGGCGCUGCCCCCCGGGCUGCUGGCGCCCGUGCCCGGGCUGCGCGUUCUGGACCUGACCCGGAACGCGCUUCGCGGCCUGGCCCCCGGGCUGUUCCGCGCCUCGGGCGCCCUGCGCACCCUGGUCCUGAGGGAGAACCAGCUGCGGGCGGCCAGCGAGCGCUGGCUGUGGGGCCUGAGGGCCCUGGGCCACCUGGACCUGGCGGGGAACCGGCUGCGCUCACUGCCCGCCCGGCUCCUCGCCGGCCUCCAAGCCCUGCACACCCUCGACCUUGGGGACAACCUGCUGGAGACGCUGCCCGCGGGGCUUCUGCGGGGUCCGAGGCGGCUGCAGCGCCUGCACCUGGAAGGGAACCGGCUGCAGAGGCUGGGGGAUGGCCUGCUUGCGCCCCAACCGUUUCUGCGCGUCCUGUUCCUGAACGACAACCAGCUGACCACGGUGGAGGCCGGCGCCUUCCGGGGCCUAAGGCAGCUGGACAUGUUGGAUCUGUCCAAUAACUCUCUGACCAGCACGCCCCCGGGCCUGUGGGCGUCCCUGGGGAGGCCGGCCCGCGACAUGCAGGAGGGCUUCGACGUCUCCCACAACCCCUGGGUCUGCGACAGAGCCCUGGCCGACCUGUGCCGCUGGCUGGACGCCAACAGACACAAGAUGUUCUCGCAGAACGACACGCGCUGCGCAGAGCCGGAGGCCGUGAGGGGACGCCGGCUGCUGGACCUGGCGGAGCUGCGGUCCCUGUGAGGAUGGCGAAUGGAGCGAGGACCGGGGACACGCCGCUCGCCCCUGAGCCAAGCCGCUCAGGUCUCCAGCCUCUGCCUUUCCCGGUCUCCUCUGCCUGGACUGCUGGUCCCUGGCUUCCUCUCGGGCUCCUCCCCGCCCCCACCCUUCCACCUCUCACUCCUCCUCUGCCCGACCCCAGCGCAUCCUGUGUUCGGCUAGCUUUGACCGGCCUGUUUCAGGGGUCCCCACAGCGGUUAGUAAAACAGCUCCUUAGGCUGACUGAGCGGCUCAGCGUUUGCGCAGUUCUCCUUUUUACGUUUGUUUUGUGUGCAUGAGCCACAGCGAGCCUGGGGAGGUCAGAGGACAGCUCGCAGAGUGGGUUCCCUCUGUACACCAUGUGGCUGCUGGGGAUUUGAACUCAAGUCCUCAGGCUCAGCAGCAAGCUCCUUCACCCGCGGAGCCAUUGCGCCCAUCCUCUCUGCGUAGGAGGACCUGCAGCUCACUGAGCGGCCGACGAGACAGCUCCAGAAUCCUCCUCUGCCUCCCAGAGCCGGGGUCACACACGAGCCACUGUGCACAUCUUUUCCCUGGGUGCUGGGAACACAAACUCGGAUCUUCAGGCUUGCCUGGCAGGCACCUUACCCACGGAGCCUGCGCUCCAGGCGUCUCACUGUGCGGCCCUGGCUGUCCUGGAACUCUCUGCAGACCAGGCUGACCUCAAACUCAGAGAUCCUCCUGCCUUUGCCUCCCCAGUGCUGGGAUCGAGCUACAUGAACUACAGCUUUAGCUUUUCAUCCUCUAGGCAGAGGGACUCUGCCCCUGAGAGGCGGGGUGGACGCUUUUCUUGUCCUUUCUUUUCUUUUCUCUUCUAUUUUUUCUUUUCAUUUAUUCCUUUCCU